AUGGCUGAGCGAAGAAAUAUACCGGAGCCUAUAGCCGUGGUGGGAAGCAGCUGCCGGCUCCCCGGUGGCGCAUCGACACCGUCAAAGUUGUGGGAACUUCUCAAAGAACCACGGGAUCUCCUCAGCGAGGUGCCCAAGAGCCGUUUCCAUGUCCAGAGCUUCUACCAUCCAGACGGCGAGCACCACGGUGCCACUAAUGCCACGCAGUCGUACUUUCUCGACGAGUCGGAAGACGUGCGAACAUUCGACUAUAACUUUUUCAACAUCAACCCACGCGAAGCCGAGUCCAUUGACCCGCAGCAGCGUAUGCUUCUCGAGACUGUGUACGAGGGCAUGGAGGCGUCGGGCUACUCGAUCCAGAGCCUCAAAGGCUCGGAUACCUGCGUGUUUGUCGGCCAAUCGUCGGACGAUUAUACGGCGAUGCUGCAACGCGACCUGGAGACCAUUCCACACUACUUUGCCACGGGCGUGGCAAGGUCCAUCAUGUCCAACCGGCUGUCGUACUUCUUCGACUGGAAGGGCGCAUCCGUUUGUCUGGACACAGCGUGCUCGUCGAGUCUGAUCGCGCUGCACUUGGGCAUCCAGGAGCUGCGCAAUGGCACGUCCAAGCUGGCCGUGGCUGCUGGCGUCAACCUCAUUCUGGGGCCUGAAGUCUACAUUAUGGAGUCCAAGGUGAGCACCGCCCCCUCGGUCGCAGUCAGGUUUGAAAAGCCCAGGGAAUCUAACGGUCUCUAG